AUGGAUGACCAACAAGAGCAGGAUUGUGCCUCAGAAGACCAAGAAACUAUCCUGAUUAAUGGGGUGAAAGAAAAUGAGUCACACGCCCUGGACGGCGAUGAGAGGCCCUGCAGCGCCGCCGAGGCAGCGGCGCCGUUCCCGGCGCUGAGCGCGGCUCCCAAGGAGGGCCCCGCGUGCCACCGUGCCCCGACGGCCAAGAAGCCCUGCCUGCUGAGCCCCCAGUCGCCGCUACGCCUCACGGAUGUCCCCGAGCACGCCUCGGACGACUCCUCCGCCCACGCCAUCUCCCUGACGUCCUGCGUGACCAAGGGCAUGAGCUCCUGGUCGCUGCCGGGCGACUGCGAGAAGGCUCCUUUCACCAUGAUGGAGCCCGGGGGGAUGUCGGCGCUGACGGGAGACUGCCUGAUGCAGCCGAGCCGGACCUGUCUGGGCUGCUUUAUUGAAUCCAAGGACGGCAUUGAUGCGGAGCCGGGAAUAAGCUUGAAAGUGGGGGAUAUAAAUAGGGAUUAUGACACCUGUUCGGUCUCUGAUAUAGGGAUUCACUGCAUGAGCACAGGAGAAACCAUGAGAUAUGGGGAUCAACUGCUUUCAGACCAGCUUUUAAGCUUCCCUAUGCAUAAAUCGAGGGCAGCGGACAAAAGAGAUGCAGAGAAAUCUGACAGUGAUUCAGAGGACCCCACUCAGAAAAAUUAUUACGAGGGAUUACUAUUAGACAAAUGCAAUGGUGAGGAACCUUUACUAACAAAUCCCAACCAGGAAUGGGGCUAUUUUGAAUCUUUCAUUAGUGAAAGUAAAAUUGAGCUGCUUGACCUCUGCUCCAAAAAUGAGCUUUCUGUAAAUCUGUUUUCUGAGGAAGACGUGGACAAUUACAUGUUCGAUGAUGACGAUUCCACCUUGGGAAGUGAUGUCUGCUCCCUAAAGAUUAGAUAUGAAUCUUUCCAGGACAAUGUGCGGGAGAAGACCAGCACCCUACAGGAGGACGCCCAGUUCAACUUCUUCCCCAGCGUCUUCAGCAACUGCACCAAAAGGGACAGCAGGAGCACCCUGAAAAGGGGGCCCAGCGGUGCCACCGACCCUUCUCAAUUCAAAUCCGAGGAAGGCAUCAUCUGGGGGGAGGAGGAGGAGGACGGCGAGGAAGAGGAUGGUGAGGAGGAGGAGAAAGCUGCCUUAAAUAAAUCUUGCAACAGCACAGAGAUGGUGCAGUACGUGGGCUCCAAGAGGAGCCACUUCUUGGACUCUGUGAAUUCCACAGAGGACUCCGGGGAGUUCAGCGAUGACAGCACUUGCACGGAGUCCUCCUACGACGUGCUGCGGGACAUCAAGGACUGCAGCCGGUACCUGGCCCGGGACCACUCCGGCUCCUUCAUCCAGCAGAACUACGGGCUGCGGGCGAAGAGGAAAGUGCGAUACAGCGACGACUACCUGUACGAUGUGGACUCCAUCGAGAACGAGAAGAUCCUGGACAAGAAGGAGUGGCUCCCGGAUGGGCCCAAGGAGGAGGACGACGACGAGUGGUGCCCCAAGAAACGGCGAAAAGUCUCUCGCAAGGAGCCCCCCGUGAUCAUCAAGUACAUCAUCAUUAACAGGUUUAAAGGGGAGAAGCAUAUGCUGGUGAAGCUCAGCAAAGUGGAUGCCAACGAGACAACUGUUACUCUGAACGAGGAGCUGCUCAGCAAAUACAAGAAGCUGGCCCCACUGAAGGGCUUCUGGCAGGAGAGGCAGCAGAGCCGGCUGGAUUUGCUUCGAUCGUCUCUCUACCACAAGCAGAAUUUCUAUCUUAACGGCUCAGAUGCUUCGUUCCUCCCUCACCCACGGAAGCGAAAAUGCAAGCUAGCAAACAGGCACCGGAUUCAAAGAAUUAAAGCCAUCGAGCAAUCAGUGAACAAGCUGGGCUCUUGCUCCUCUGAUCACAAGCAGCCUUGCAGCAGUAAGGAGGACGUGGGCCUGAAAGGGCUGCCGGCAUUAGCCAUUGCCACCCCCAGCUGUGCCAAUGGAUUACACGUCCACGACAUCGCAGGCAUCGCCGUGAAAUGCAAACCGCAGGAGCGGGAGCACAAGGGGACGGAGCGGAAAGUGCUCCGCAGAAUCAAAUUCAAAAGUGAAGCCAGGUUAAAGUGCAAGAAGAUUAAAGCUGCCACCAGUACGGCAGAGGACUCUCCAGCACUGGAAAACCAGGACUCUGCAGCGCGUCUGAAGGACGAAAACAGUCCCUGUGCUUCAGACAGCUCCCAUCUCCCAGAGUGCCACGAGGAUAAGGUUGCUAAAAAUUCUCCUUUCCUACCAUCCACCUCCUCUUCAGACAAGCCUCUGCCAUCUGCUAAUAUCACCACCAAUGUACCCCUGAUCCCCGGAGGGUAUCUGCAGACGUUGUUAGAUGCUUCAGAUCUGUCGAGCAACACGGGUAUCCCGUACUUCGCCCAGCACUCCUCCGAGCAGCAGCAGCACCCGCUCCCCAGCAUCGUCCCGCCGGAAAAGCCCUUCCCGUCCCUGCAGCCGGCGCAGAGCUGCGUCCUCUCCCCGCCCUCCGAGUCGGAGCUGCAGCAGUCGCCCGGCCACUUGGAGAUGGAGCAGGGCAGCUUCGGCAGCAUGUGGCCGGCCAGCAAGGGCAGCGAGCGCCAGGAGUUCCCCGGGGACAUGCCGGAGGCGGCCGGAAUGCCGAAUGAGUUUGCCCCCGGCACGGACGGCCUCCCCACCUCUGGAUACACUCAAGUCAAUCUGAAUAGCGGCAAAUUGCUAUACCAAAAAAAUUACAUGCCGGAUAGCCAACAAGUGCAGUCUGAUGAUUCUUAUCAGUCAUGUCAUUUCAAUAAUGGAGAGGGGCGCUUUCAUUUCCAACGAGGUACACUCAGUACGGAUGAUGGCAGGCUCAUUAGUUUUGAUUCAGUGGGUUCAUUGUCAGUUAGUUCUAGCAAUUACAGUUCUUUAAGUUUAAAAUCUUGUGAAAAGGACGGCGAGGAUGAUAUUAAUGAUGAUUUCUUGGCCCACUGCAGUCCCAAGCUAGUGAUCCAGCAGAGCAUAGAUGAAAUCACCCCUUUGAAGGAGUCCACGGACCUUUUAGACAUUUCCAACUUCACACCUGAUAGGUUCCGCCAGUCGUCGCUUUCAGAGAUGUCCCCUCCAGACACCCCCAACCUGUCCCCACAGAUAGCUGGCUCCGAUGCCAAGCCUCUGGGCACACUGAAGGGCUUUCAGGAGAGCCCCCAGGCCUCCCUCAACAGUUCCGAAAAGGUCAAGUGGAACUGUGGGGUCCUGCAGACCGAGGAUCAGACAGAUAAUGGGUUUGCUUUAAAUAAUCACCAGUUCCAGUUCCAUAUGUUCAACGAUGAAGAUUCUGUCAGCCUUCUCGAAAAGAGUCCAUGCUUGUCAACAUUUAAUGAGCCAUCUGGUCAAAUUAGCACCAAUAGCAAAGUGUCAAAAUCGAAGAGGAAAAGUUCAUCCAGCAAGAAUGUGGGUACAAACCAAAGCUCUUCCCAGAAAGCCACCCGGAAAAAAUCACCCAAAACCAACAAAGGAACCGAUAAGCCGCAAGGGAAAAACUCCAGGCAGGCACCCAAAUCCACCAGGAAAGGGAAAAAUGCAGCAGGAGUCAACGGAGAGAAGGCUCCAGCUGUUGGUGGCAGGGCAGUCACUCAGUUGGGCACCAUGGCCAUGGCCACCAAGGGUGUGGCUGAGGGCACUCAGCACUGUGGCCCGGCCGGGGUGAAGCUGGGCAAGCACAACGGGCUCUCUGGAGAGUGGGCACUGGGAAAAGAGGGGGGCACGGGCUGGUCGGAAGCCAGCCUGGGCAACGCCACCAGCCUCCUGGACGACGACCAGAGGGAGUUCGAGGAACCUUCCAACAUCCUGUCCAACAUUGCGUCAGGAAUGGCCGAUGUCCAGAGGUUUAUGAUGGCCUCCAUUGAGCCCUUGUGGGGGCCCGUCGGCCACAACAGCGUUCCAGACAUAUUCCGGUCACCGGAGUCCAACAGCCUGAAACUGAAAACUCUUAAAAUUUUGGCAGGGACGUCCCAAGAGUCGAAGAAGAAGGCGAAUGGUGGCUCGCCAGUGGUGGCAAAGAACCACAAGUCAAACAACAAGGGCUCAAGCAAAAACAGCAAAGCUGUGACCUGCGACCCCGGUCGCCCCAACUGCUCCACCGGCUUCAGCACGGACAUUCACGCUCCCUUUUUUGAUAAAAACUAUAGUAACCUGAGCACUUUAGGCAAUAAUGGACCUACCCAUAAAAAACUCUACCGUCAUAAAUCCAGUUCAAAAUCACUGAGGGAUGAGAACUGUAAAAUCAAGCGGACGGACCGCGAACAGCCCCACAAGGACCCACCCGUGACAGCUGCUUUUGAGAAACUGAGGGAAUCAGACUCCAUUCUUCUUAAAGCAGAAACAGCAUUUUUGGGUUUUCCUGUAUUUGAAGAAGAGACUCCCUUUUCUAGAAAGACGGUUGAUUUGUUUUUUCUUUUUUUUCCCCCAUCGGUUCCUUUUCGAAAUCUGCCUUGUGGUCUGUUGAAAUGUAAGUGCUGAAAUGAAGAGUUUGAAAUUGUGGGAAUUUUAUUAUUUGAAAGCAAACCUAAUCUGGUAUUCUCUGUGAAAGACUGUUUUAAAAGUCAUACUGUUGUACAGUAGUUUAUGCACUAUUACCCACAACAACAAAAAAUUGUGCCAAACUAUGAACAAGUGACUGUAUUGUAUAUAUUUUUACUUCUCUAUCAACAUUGGGUUGUGAGUGUUUUCUGCAGCUAUGCCUUUUGGUUUUACUAGAAACAUUCCAGUUGUUAAGUACUAACCACCCCCCUUCGAAAGCACCUGUAACUCACAAUGAAAAAUGAUAUUGUUCACUGAUACAACUUACCAAAAGUUUUAUGGACAUGACUAGAAGUGUGCCAAAUUUACUUACCUCAUUUCAUGGAUUCACCCUGUGGUUUAAAGCUCAUAAAGGGAAGGAAAAAAAAAAAAAAGAAACAAAAAGGGGGGAAAAAAAAAGAAAAAAAGGAACUUUGAAACCGAUGCUGGGAAAUGGUAAUGUCCUCUCUUUGAAACCACGAGCAGAAAAACUUAAUGGUGAAAUGUUGAGUUUCAUUAUAGGAGAGAGUUGCAAUGGUGGAGGAGUUCAGAAAACCACUGACGGUAAGUUUGCCAGGAACUCAAGUGUCUGCAUCUAGAGACUACAGAACAGCUGCUUUUCAAGUGUCUGUUUUCUUAAAGCAAAACCUGUAGCUGAAGAUCAUUUGAAAUGCAAAGUUACAUUGCUAAUUCUUUGUAUCUCAGUUUUAUAUAUUUUAUAAGAACCUGGGAUAAAUUCUGAAAUAGGUAUAAAAACAGAACUAAUACAUUUCAUACACUGAGUGCUAUUUACUUUUCCUUUGAAUAGUUUCUUAAACAUUUUUGAUGCAGAGCCUGUCAGAAGUGCUCUCCAUUCAUAGCUUUGGUGUUUCCUCCAUGUCUAACCUUGCAAUGCCAAUAUAGUUUGAACUUUCAAAAGCAGAGUCAUAAAUUUAAAAUACAACUCUGAACUUUUUCUUUGAUUCAGUUCAUGCAACAAAUACAACCAGUGGAGCUAUUUGUGAUCUCACCAAUCAGGGCCGGAUCAUGACUGGACUUUAUUAAGACGGCGUUAAGUAUUGAAUGCUAAAUGUAUUCUCAAAAGGCCUUAUUUGUAACCCUCCUCACCACACCCUCGCCCUCCACGAGAAUAACGAGCCCAACAAAGAUCUGUUUUCCUUGUGCAACUGAGAACCUGUGCGUUUUGCUGCUGAUUUCUCAUUAAAAACCUUGAUAUGCAAGAGCCCUGGGAGCAGAGGGAUGUGAGGCUUGGACACCUUAUGCAAUAGCAGGCAGUGAGGAAGAGGAGCCUUUCUAGCAGUGGACAGAUCACUUUGCUGAUACGGCCACAGGCAUAGACGUGGUGUCACACAGAGGGCAGGACUGGGCUCAGGUUUCCUCCCAAGUCAGUUUUUUCCACCCACACGCCAGGCAAAGCAGCAGAAUUGGUUUAAGUUAAUUUAGCAGAAAAGCAGAGCGAUCACUUAAAAUCAAAGUGGAGAUGUAGAGUGCUAGUUUAGAAUCGUGUUUUCAGCUCUUACAGAUGUUGGGGUGCAGCUUAGCUCAGCUCUGCGAUCCCAGAGAGAACAGCUCGGUAGUUGCAUUGUGUUUCACUUAACAGAUGAAAGGACAAAGUCUGAAAAAAAAAUAGUAAUUAUAAAAAACAUCCUGUAAGUUCAUUUUUUCAUGGAAUAAAUGCUGGCGUUGCCUGGAGUGAGUUGCUCUGGAUGAAAGUGGUGCCUGGUGCCCCAUGGCAUGCAGCAUCCCACCCCAGCUCGGGCUCCAGGAGGGAGAUCCAGAAGAUGCUCAGGAUUUACUCUGGAGACAAGAGCUGUGGUAGGCCUCCAUCCCUGGGCUCUGGGCUGGCCUGCAGCCACCACGCUCUCCCCACUUCCCCAGCAGCUCUCUUUUCCAUUCACGGGCUCAUCAGAUACUACAAGCUCCAACCACUGCUGUGGUGUUAGCAUAUCCCAGUUUUUCAGCAUUCUCCCGACAUGCUGCAGGAAGGUCUGGCAGCUCCCUCCUUUUGGAUGUUCUGCUGCUGCUCUUAGAGAGACAGGUCUGUGGGAUGUGGCCCAGACCUUCUUUCUGACCCAGAACCAUCAGUUGAAAGCACAUUCCACCUGGCCUGCACUGUGCUCCUUAUGCUUAAUGUUAUGAGUGUGGGACUCAUAAUAAAACCCCUUGUACUGGACAGGAUAGCAAUACUUACUGCAUUUGAGGAAUGUGCAAUAGGGCAUGAAGAUCAGGCAUGAAACAUAUCGACUGUUUUAUCCAUGAAUACCCAGCUGGGUGUUUCAGAAUGGUUUCAAUCACAAAUUCCAGCUGCCUUGUUGCUCUCCUUCAGUCCUACAAUUCCAGUUGCUGACAGCUUUGGUGGUCAUACCAUGUCCUUCAAAAAUCUCUGCUGGGGAGAUGUUAAAGAGCCUGGGUCCCUCAUGGUGUGGCACUGGCCCUUCCCUGUGUCUGAAAAGGUCAUCGCUCUGCUGCAUGACCCCAAAAUUCAGAAAUUGCCUUGAGCCAACCAUUUGCCCUCCUCCCUUUUGAUCUUUAUAGAGCAUUUGGGAGGGAAGGGACUUUUGAAGGCCACCUAGUCCAAUUCCGCUGCAAAAGCAGGGACAUCUUCUACUAGACCAGGUUGCUGAGAGCCCUGUCUGACGUGACCUUGAAUGUUUCCAGGGAGGGGACAGCCACCACCUCUCUGGGCAACCUGAACCAACGUUUCACCACCCUCAUAAAAAAUUUCUUUCUCAAGUCCUUGUCGGCAGAGCUGCUCUAAAUCCCUUCAUUCCCCAGCCUGUGGAUCCCAGGGAUUGCCUCAUCCCAGGUGCAGCACAUCACAUUUGGCCUUGUUGAACCAUAUGAGGUUCUGCUGGGCCCACUUCUUGAGCUUGUCCCUGUCCCUGUGGAUGUCACUCUGUCCCUCAGGCAUGUUAACCUCACCACUCAGUUUGGUGUCAUCUGCAAACCUGCUGAGGGGACUUGAUCCCAGUGUCUACAUCAUUGGUGAAGAUACUCUACAUUGCUGGUCCCAGUACAGACCCCUGAGGGACAGCACUCACCACUGAUGUCCUCCUGGACAGUGAGCUGUUGACCACUGCCCUCUGGAUGUGACUGUCCAACCAAUUCCUCAUCUGCUGAACACUUCAUCCUUCAAAUCUGUUUCUUCAGUUUAGAAAGGUGUUUUGGGGGACUGUGUCAAAGGCUUUACAGAAUUCCGGACAAAUGACACCUGGAGUCCUUCUCUUGUCCAUGGAUGCAGUCAAUCCAUCCUAGAAGGCCACUGGGCUGGCCAGGCAGGACUUGCCCUUGGUGAAGCUGUGCUGGCUGUCCUGAGUCACCUCCCUGUCCUCCAUGAGCCCCAGCAUAGUUUCUAGGAGGAUCUGGUCCAUGGUGUUCCCAGGCACAGAGGGGGGGUGGUUCAAUGGUUUUGUUUUCCCAGUCAUCCAAUACUUCACCUGACUGCCAGAACUUUUCAGAUACUGUGGAGAGUGACUUGACAACUUCAUCAGCCAAUUCCCUCUGGGCUCUGGGAUGCAUCUCAUCAGGUUCCAUAGUCUUAGGUAUGUUCAGGUUCCUCAGGUGGUCGCAAAUUUGAUUUUCUCUUACAGUGCGAGGGACUUUGCUCCUCCAGUCCCUGUCCUGUGGUUCCACCACUCAUGGGAGAUGGAAAGAGAGGGUUCCUCAACCUUCUCAUCCAUUGUUACCAGUCUGCCAAUUGUGUCACACCUACUUUGACCCUUCCUUUUCAUGCUGACACACCUGUAGAGGCCCUUGUUAUUCUCUGUGUCUUGCCACAUUCAGCUCCACCUGCACCUUGCCUUCCUCACCCUGUCCCUGAACAACCUGACAGUAUCCCAGUACUCUUCCCAGGAUAUCUGUCCCUGCUUCUGCUGCCUGUGCAUCUCCUCUUGCCCUUCAGCCUGACCAGCAGGUCCUGACUCAGUCAGGCCAAUCUCUUGCCUUCCUUGCCUGAUUUCUUACACCUGGGGAUGGGGAGCUCUUGCUUUCUAUCAAAAUCAUCCUGAAAGAUCUGUCAGCUCUGUUGUGCUCCCUUGUCCCCGAGGGCAAUUCCCAGGGGAUCCUACUGAUUAACUCCUUGAAGACCCGUGACUUUACUUUCCUAGGAUUCAUCUCCACCUGCCUAUCACUACCUCAAGGUUUUCACUUCUCACCUUUGCCUCAUCCCUCACCAUACAAGCUCUUGUUCUCUAAUUGCAUUUUUGUUUUUCAUGGCACUGCUCACAGCUGUGGGAGGACAGGGAUGUGAGUCCCACCCAUCCCUGCCUGCCACCCACACCCCCAGGGCUCCCUGCCCCUGCUUGUGCUGGCUCCUACCCCGGCCCAUCCUCUUGCCCGGUCCCAGUGCAACUUCCAUCCUCCUCUUGCAUCUUUUCGUUGGGCUCUGGGAGCUCGCUUGGCUCUUGGGAGCGAUGAAGCCAAGCCACAGAAAAGAUGUUUAUUCUGCAGCAUCCCUUAAAAUGUCUUCUCUGCUUCAUCUCUUUUCACUCCUACGCCAGUGCAGGAUGGGAGGACAGUGCCAGCAGUGCUGCUGAGCCGUGGUGUCACCGGCAUCUGGGUGAGUUAGAAUUGGCACUGGCAUUAGAAAGUAGGGACCAGCCACUCUGAAGGCUGUAAAAUCUAUGUGAGAGGAGAAUUCCACAGGGCAAGGUGGUACUCACCACUCUGCCACAGGAGCACAGGUCUCCCAUGGCACAGGAAUAGGAGAGAUGUCCCUACAGAAAGGAAUCCUGCAGCAGGAGCCAACCCAGCCCACGGCCAUCGAUUGCAUUUAGAGUUUCUGUAAAUAGAAAAAUAUCAGUGAUGGGGAUCCAAUAAAAACCUUUUGGGUUUUUAUUACAAAAUACAUCUUACCAGGUUUACAUCUUGCUGCUUUUUUUUUUUUUUUUUUUUUUUUUUUUUUUUUUUUUUUGAGCAUAGGAGGAUGGAUGUUUUUAAAAAACAUCUUGAGAAUAAUGACCAGAGGUAGCCAGAAAUUUUGUGAGGAGGAGGAAGAGGAGCAAGAGGAGGCCAGGGGCAGCCACAGGACUGUCCUUGCCAUGCUGUGCUGUCCUGCUGAGGCUGGGUCAUCUCAGAGAGGAGAAGCCAAGGCUAGCUGGUGAUUGCUUGGAGAAACCAUUGCUGCACCGUUUGCUCUUUUAAAAAAUCAGGAUCGCUGUUAAUUUUUUUGGCAUUAUGGGCCAAACAAGCCAGGAACCAAAAUAAAAAUGUUUUAAGCAUUGUCAUCCUUUAGCUGCUGGACCAUGUUCUUUCUCUAAGGUCCCAAUCUAGCAAUGCACUUAGGUGGGAGCUCACUCCCAGGGGUUCCCAUGUCCCAGGUGCUUUCCCAGCCAGUGAUGUCAAGUCCCAAGAGAAACUCCCUUGAAGUCAGUGUAAGUGGGAAGAGGAUCAGGUGCAUGGACUUGGGUUGGUGCAGGAUCAGGCCCUCAGUCUUUAAUUUCUCAACUCAGUGUGUUGGACUUUGCCUGUGCAGCUCCCAGGGUGUCCAGUGGAGGUUGCAUGGUUCAAACCGCUGACAUCUAUUGGAGAAUGUGCCUCUUUAUCUCUUCAGCAUGUGAAAUAAUGCAAAAAAAAAAAAAAAAAAAAAAAAAAAAAAGAAAAAAAAAAAAAAAAGAAAAAAUAUAUAAAAUAAACCAAGUACAAUGUCUGUGGUAGAAGCAAGGCUUUUCAAAUUGUUUCUCAGGUAAACAAGUGACACUAAUGACAGUGGAGUAACAGCCAUCUAAGGGAAUUGGGAUCUGAAGCAGGAGGAUUCCCUCCAUCUCGCAGGACGCUUGGGUUGCCAGACACGUUAACUGAGCCUUUAAACACUUGGUGCAAAAGGUAACGAGAAAUAAAAUUGGUCUUUUCACCACCCUUCGCUAGCUAGACAGACAGACAGACAGACAUACGUCCAUUUCUAAAGCACAAAGGGAAGACUUAAACCUAGACUAAACCACACACACACACACAAAACCAAGGUACCAGUGAAACUCCUUUUGUCUCUUACUCCCGGUGGGAAGCAGGGUAGAAAUCCAAGGAGCUGCUCUGUUCCGCUGCCCCGGCGCCGGCCGGGCGCUUCGACUGCUGCCUCCAGAGAUGUGAAUGUACUGCUCCUUGAGUUCCCUUCCAUAGAACUAGAGGCACCUCGUUAGGAAGUUGCUCCUGUUUUAUGGUGCUAAAGAAAACUUUUAUUCCCCCCCUUGAGCAUUUAAGAACUAUUAAAUGGCCCUUUUUAUGAAUGUAACAUAUCCAUUUCUGUUCCACAUUUUACACUGCAAUUUUAACAUGUUUGGAAAUUAUUUGCCUUUUUUCUUUUAGAAUAAGCUUUAUAAAUAUUCUGUAGAGUCAAUUGAAGUAUAAUUCUUAAGGAUCACUCUAAGACGCCUACAAAAUCUUGUAUAUUUUUAAGUGUGCCAAUUUGUAAAAUAUUUUGUAAGUGUAUAUUUUUCUUAGAAAAGUGCUGUGAAGUGUUUGUAUGUGUGAGGUUUCCCUUUUUUUGCACCUUCGGGUGUUAAUAAAAGGAUGUAUACUUAAGAGUUUCUGGUUUUAAAAACCAAAAUACAAAGAAAAAAAUUAAACUUUUGUUGGGAAUUUUGUAAUAAAAAGAAAUGUUGUGAAAGAGUGUAGUGAUAUUGUGUAAAGGAAACUGGAAAAUUUGUGAGCGCUUUGCUGUUUUAUAGAUCCUCUUGUAAAUUAUUCUUGUAAUAUUUUGGGUUUUGUUGUUCUUGUUGCAAAGGUUUUAAAUAUUUGUGACUGACUCUGUAUGGUGAAAACGUCAUAUUGUUAACUUGCUGAGUUUUGUUAUAUUGUUUAUGGAAUAAAUAAAAAAAUUUAAAAUCUCAUUUUAAGAUCAUGUAUGAAGAAGAAAUUAAAACUGCCAUUUAUUGAA